CGGAGCUGCCUUCACCCGGCGGGGGUCGGCGGCUGGGCCUGCCUAGCGUGGCGUAGGCUCUCAGGAUGGAACCACCUUUGGAUAAUGAGAAACUUUUCAGACCAUCCUAUGUUGCUAGUGUUGAGCCACCUCAAAGAACAGAACCAGUAAAUGUGGAAGAUAUUAAAGCAGAUCUCUCUGCUGAAUUUUCUUUGGUUUCUUCAAGCUCAGACACAAGCCAGAGAAGCAGUUUGGAGUCUAAGGGACACAUACAAGUUUGCCUGCGUAUUAGGCCAUUUACAUCGUUGGAAAGAGAAAAUGAAUUGCAGGACUGCGUUUCACUUGAAGACUCAACAAGCAUCAUACUGAAGCCCCCCAAAAACUCCUUGAGUCGACUAAGUGAAAAAACUGCUGGACAGAUGAUACAGAAGUUCACUUUUUCACGAGUGUUUGGACCUGAAACAACUCAAGAGGAAUUCUUUGAAGGUACCAUGAAGCAACCAGUGCAAGAUUUCUUAGAUGGAUAUAAUCGUCUUAUUUUUACAUAUGGUGUUACAAAUGCUGGGAAAACCUACACAUUCCAAGGGACAGAAGAUGAUGUUGGUAUUCUGCCAAGGACUAUGGAUAUGUUGUUUAAAAGUAUUCAAGGAAAGCUAUACACAGCAAUGGAUCUCAAACCCCAUCGGUGUAGAGAUUAUAUAAAGCUGACUAAAGACCAAGUGAGAGAAGAAACUGCUAUUAAAAAUUCAAUACUUCGCCUAACAAAAGAGGUAGACCAUCAAAAUAGCACUAACAACAAAGCAGCAGUUGAUUCUAAGGAUGUGGAAGAACUUUUAAAAGACUCAGAACAAUCUAGCACAACUGUGAAAAAUUACAUGAAGUUUUCUGUUUGGGUUUCAUUUUUUGAGAUUUACAAUGAAUGUUUUUAUGAUCUACUGAUUCCUAUAUCAAAUGACAAGAAAAGAAAAACACUACGCCUUGCUCAAGACAUCAAGGGAUGUUCUUAUGUAAAAGAUCUGCAGUGGGUUCAGAUUUCUGAUUCUAAAGAAGCUUUUAGACUUCUAAAACUGGGAUUGAAACACCAGAGUAUUGCAAGCACGAAACUAAAUAGUUGCUCCAGCAGAAGUCACAGCAUAUUCACAGUUAAGAUACUAAAAAUUGAAGAUUCAGGAGCACCACGAGUGACCCGAGUCAAUGAAUUGUCGAUGUGUGAUCUUGCUGGUUCAGAAAGAUGUACCAAGACCCGCAAUGAAGGUGAUAGAUUGAAAGAGAGUGGAAAUAUAAACACCUCUCUCCUGAUUCUAGGCAAGUGUAUUAACGCACUCAAGAACUAUCAACAGUCAAAGUUGCAGCAGCAUAUACCCUUUCGGGAAAGUAAGUUAACUCACUUCCUUCAAGGAUUCUUCAGUGGAAAGGGGAAGGUAUACAUGAUAGUAAACAUAAGCCAAUGUGCUUCAGCAUAUGAUGAAACACUCAAUGUGCUAAAGUUCUCGGCCAUUGCACAAAAAAUUUUAGUUAUGGACGGGUCUAUUCUUCCCCAAGAUCAGUCAUUUGGCCAGAAAUCAGCAAGAGAAUCAUCACUACUUCGUGGCGCUAAAAUGCUAAUCCCAAGGAAAAGAUCUACUAUCCUAUGGGACAGGAGCUUAGAAGAUGUGAUUGAAGAUGAUGAUGAUGAGAUGGAGGAACAGCAUAAUAUGUCAAGAGAAGAACCAGUGCAGAAACAUGAAGAAAAUAAAGUUCUUAUUGGAAAAGAAGAAUAUAUGACGCUGCUGAGUCUUGUAGAAGAGUUGAAGAACAAACUUAUUACUGAAAAGAAGAAUAAGUUACUGCUGGAACUAAAAAUUCGUGAAGAAGUGACACAAGAAUUUACCCAAUAUUUUGCUGAGCGGGAAAUAGAUUUCAAAGAGUGCCUUUCUCACGAACGACAACGACUUGAAGAAAAUUCUGAAAGACGCCUGGAAAUCUUCAAGGAACUUGUAAACGGUUAUACUAAACAUGCAGAUGAAGAAAAUAAAUUAAAGGAUCAGCCUUGCAUUGAACAAGCUGGACCUCUGGACGAAGAAUAUAGCAUAGGGCCAGGCACCUACAUUGAUCUUGAGGGCAUUAUUGAUUCUCUGCAGAAUGAUGUCAUUGAUAUCAAAAAACAGGCAGAAGAAGCACACAGAUACAUUGUGUCCCUAGAGGACCCACAGGAAGCUAUAGGUUGGCUUGAAAAACAACUGGGAAAAAUUACCACUGAACUAACUAAGACCAAAGAAGAGCUGACAAAGAAAACCAAUGAACUAAUCAAAACUGAAGAAGAGCUGACACAGAAAACCAAAGACUUUGAAAUGCAGAUGAUUAAAUUGGAUGAGUCUGCUGAGCAGCUUAAAGAAGCGACUGAGAAAAUGAAUACACAGAAUAAAAGAAUUCAAGAACUAAUGGACAUUGUGGAGCAAAAAGAUGAUGUUAUUAUGAGACUACAAGAUUUGAUAUCCUAUUUAGAAGAAACCAUAAAAGACUAUGACAACACUGUAACUACCAUUAAAAGAAAAUUGGCAGAAAAGAACUCUAAGAGAGUGAUUGAAAGCAGCCAAUUCAAGGAUUGUGAGGAAACUGUAUUGGAAGUGGGAAGAAAACGUUGCUUUGAAAAUAAGCCUACUGUGAAAGAAGAGCCACCUACAAAGAAAGGAGAUAUGAAGGAGAGCUGGGAAGAUGACCGUCUAGAGCAAGAGAGAACUGAAUACAUGAAAACAAAUACUGAGAACUAUGCAGAAAUACUAGCACUGAAGGAAAGAACUGAAACCUUGGAAGGUCAGCUAGCUGCACUUGAAGAACAAUGCAGAAGAGAAAAAAACAAAAAAGAAGAGUUCAGUGGGCAGAUAACCAACUUGCAUCUCAAGCUCUCUGCUUCUGAAGAAAGGGCUUCUGGCUUAAGUGAAGAACUUCAGCAGUGUCGAGCUGACUAUCAGGAGAUUGUUUCUGAAUUGGACAAACAGAAAACUAUAAAUAGGGAACAAGAAGAAAAGAUUAUUCAGCUAAAUAAUGAAAUAGAAGGUGCCAAACAAAAUAUAACUGAUAAAGUGUCACAAAUUAAAACAAUGCAGUCCAAAGUAGAUGAGCUGUAUAAAUGUCACUUAGAGUCUUAUGCUAUGGAUAUUGAUUUAGUUAAUCAAAAGGAUUCCUUAGACUCUCAAAAAUAUGGACCAGAGAGAGCUCAAAUGAGUCCUGUAUGCAUGCAGUCCCAAACUGCUUCUACAGCAGAUCUGAGAUGGGAGAGCUCCUUCCACUGCAGUGUUGAAAGCAUUUGGGAAGAAUGCAAAAAUAUUAUUAAGACUUCUUCACAAAAAAGUCAGCGGAUUCAAGAACUACUUCAACAAGUCGAAGACUUAAAGAAGGGACUUGAUGACACUGAGAAUUAUAAUAAUCAACUAAAAAUAAAAUUAAAUGAGAUUGCAAAUCAAGAUUGUCAGUCUGUAAAGGAAAAAGAUCUUAUGAAUCAGUUACAAGAGCAAAUCCAAAAGAAAACCGAGGAUUUUGAAAAACAGGCUGCAGAAGAUCACAGAGUAAUUGCGCAGUUUGAGGAGGAAGUUACCACCUACAAGGGAAAAAUAAGAGAGCUUGAAUGCCUCUUGGAGGCUUUUAGAGCUAAAGAUGACAGCAUAACAAAGUUAGAGAUAGUACUUAAAGAAAAAGAAUCUAUUAUUUUAAAUCUAGAAAGUAAUACAGUAGCUCUGCAAGAGAAAUGUGCCAAUUCAGACAAAAAAUUGAAAGAAUUAACUGAUCGAGAAGCCAAUCUGAAGGAGGAAGUUGUGCAGUUGAUGAACAGCUUGGAGAACAUGAAACACUCUCUUCAGGAAAAGGAGAAAAAUGAGGAUAAGCAAAUACAAUCUAUAGAAUUGCUACAUAAAGAUCUUUCUGAGAGCUCUGCCCUUGUACAGAGUUUGAGAAAAGAUUUGCAAAGGAAAGAGGAAGAAUAUACAGAUUUGAAAGAGAAAUUUUCUGAUGCCAAGAAACAAAUUCAGCACGUACAAAAAGAGGUGUGUACAAUGCGAUCUGAGGAGAAAUACCUGAGGAACAAAGUUAAUGAACUUCAGAAAGUUAAAAACCAGCUUAGUGAAGAAUUAGAGAUCAAACAGCGCACAAUCCUGCAACUGAAAAAGGAGCAGUUGAAUAAUGAGAAGCUGGAAGAAAUGUCCAAACAGUAUGAGAAAACAUGUAAAGAUCUGUGUGCGAAGGAAAAAAUAAUUGAAGAUAUGCGGAUGACAUUAGAAGAACAAGAACAGACUCAGAUUGAACAAGAUCAAGUGCUUGAAGCCAAAUUAGAAGAGACCAACAGAUUAGCUUGGGAACUGGAAGCAUGGAAGCAGAAAUAUACAGAGCUGAAUAACCAGAGCCAUAGUGACUGGCAGCCAAAGAUGAGCAAAAAUGAGGAGAAAAACAUAAAUGAAAAUGAGGAAUUAAUAAAGCUGCAAAAAGAACUGAAGGAAAAUGAGGCAAAGUAUCAAACUGAUAGAAAGAAGUGGCUGGAGGAAAAAAUGGGACUCAUAAGUCAAGUAAAAGAAGCUGAGAGCCAUCGCAACAGAGAAAUGAGAAAAUUUGCGGAGGACCGAGAACGUCAUGUAGGGCUACAAGCAGAAAUUGAAAGACUUGCUGCACAGCUGGUAGAAAAGGACAGCAAUCUUCAAAAGUGGCGUGAAGAAAGAGAUAAAUUAGUAGAAGCUUUGGAAGUGCAGCUCAAGACUUUGGCUUCUAACAUGAUACAAAAAGAUAAAGAAAUAGCAGAACUGAAAGAGGCUGCUCUAAAGGAUUCAGGAAAGGAUAAGGAAGCUGAUAUAGAAGAACUAAGAAAACAGCUGGCUGAGAAAGAUGACUUUAUAAAGGAAUUGAAACAAUGCAUUAACCAUGAAAGUCUUCAGUCUCUGGCAGAAGUACCUUUACCUGAAGAAGGACAAGAUAAAACAGAUCAGUCUGUAAACAAAGAGUUUAUGGAAAAACAAAGCAAGACUAAUCCUAUAGCUGGACAAAGUAUUCAAGUAAGAUAUGAUGAAGUUAAAGAGAAUUAUUCAUUGUCUCGAUGUCCUAGCAGUGCCUCUUCACUAAGUGAGGACCAUUCAGAAAUUGUCCUUGACUCUUCUGAAGUGUCCACAGAAAAUGGAAAAACUAGUCGGUUCCCAAAACCAGAGAUGGAAAUCCAGUUCACACCUCUGCAACCCAAUAAGAUGGAGGUGAAGCACCAGGGCAGUACCUUGCCAGUUACAGUUAAAAUGCUCAAGCCAAGAAAGAAAAGGAAGAGUGAAGAGAUGGAUGAGGAUUUUGUGAAAAGUGAGAACAAGAAAAAUGCAAAACCUGCUAUGACUAAUUCGCCUUCUACAAGCAGCAAGAAAAUGAUGUCUACUACAGAGUCAUUUAGAAAAGAAUACCCCUUAAGAAAGCAAGAAUCUACUUCAAGUAAGAAGUCAGCUAAAAAGAAAGAUGGAACACUACAAAAAAUUGGAGAUUUUUUCCAAAGUUCUCCUACUGUUAUUCACUCUAAAGCAAAGAAGCUGAUUGCAACAAUAAGCUCUCCCAAGUCUGCAGAACCAGAAACUGUCAAAGAAAAUGAACUCAAGCCAAAACGAGCUAAGAGAAAGCUGUAUUCAACUGACAUUUCUUGCCCUCUAGAUAUCCCUGCUUCUUCGAACUUUAUAGAACAAAAAGAGAAGGAAAGCGAUCAUCUAAUCAUCAAGCGACGGCUACGAUCAAAACCAGCUAAAUAAUCCUGCAAAAGCAUGUUUGUAUUUCCUAGUAAGCAUGUUUGUAUUUCCUAGUUAGGGUAUAUUUCCAUUGCAUUAUUUCAGCUGAUUGUAUAUAGGAAGUGAUAGAUACUUAAUCCUGCUCCAAGGUCUGUAUAUAGAUGUAUAGAAUUGUUCUGAUGGUUUCCAGUUCUGACUCCAUUAAAGCUGAAAUGCUG